UAUCAUUUGUUUUGCAAAAAAUCAAAUCAAAUCAACUCCAUUAAAAUCCAUGGCCGAUGAUUCUAAGCUACACAUCGCACUCUUUCCAUGGCUAGCUUUCGGUCACAUGAUUCCAUUCUUAGGGUUGGCCAAACUUUUAGCUCAAAAGAGUCACAAAAUCUCAUUCAUUUCAACUCCUGGAAACAUCGAUCGCCUCCCUAAACUUCCUCCGAAUCUAACCAAUCUCAUAACAUUCGUCAAGGUUCCGUUGCCACGUAUUGAUCAUCUUCCUGAAGAUGCUCAAGCAACGACUGAUCUUCCAUUCGAAAAAGUCCAGUACCUUAAAAAAGCAUACGAUUGUCUUAAACAGCCACUGCAAACAUUUCUUGAAAAUUCUGAUGUUGAUUGGUUGUUUUAUGAUUUUUCAGCUUUUUGGCUACCGGAAAUCGCCAAAAGUCUGGGAAUUUCGCAUGGAUUUUUUAGUGUCUUCUUGGGUUCUACGUUGGGUACAUUUGUGAAGCCGGCGUCAUUUAUCGAUGAUGAUCGGACUAAACCUGAACAGUUUACAGUCCCGGCAAAAUGGGUUAAUUUCCCGACCAAGGUUGCUUUGAAGCUGUUCGAAAUCAUAAAGAUUUUUGAAUCUGUGUCCGGUGAUGCAUCUGGUGUUUCUGAUAUCUUUCGUAUCGCUGAGGUAGUUAAAGGUUGUGAUGUGAUUAUUGUAAGAAGCUGCAUGGAUUUUGAACCAGAAUGGUUAAACCUGCUUCAGGAGAUUCAUGGAAAGCCAUGCAUACCUGCCGGCGUGCUUCCGACUACAGAAUAUGAUGCCGGAGAAGAAACGGAGGAAUGGAUUUCGAUCAAAGAGUGGCUAGAUAAGCAAGAGAAAGCAUCAGUGGUGUACGUAGCAUUUGGUUCUGAAGCCAAACUGAGUCAAGUCGAGUUAAACGAGAUUGCUCUCGGGCUCGAGUUAUCAGGGAUCCCCUUCUUUUGGGUGCUGAGAAAUCGUAGAGGGUUAACCGAUACGGAAGUAAUCAAACUUCCCGAUGGGUUCGAGGAGCGAACCAAAGAGCGUGGUGUGGUCUGUACCAGUUGGGCUCCUCAGCUCAAGAUAUUAGCUCAUGACUCGGUGGGUGGGUACUUGAUUCACUCAGGAUGGAGUUCAGUUGUGGAAGCGAGUCAACAUGCGAUUCCUCUCAUAUUAAUGACAUUCACAUCUGACCAGGGGAUUAAUGCCAGAAUUCUGGAGGAGAAAAAAAUGGGAUAUCCAAUACCAAGAAACGAGUUUGAUGGAUCGUUUACGGGUGAGUCAGUAGCUGAGUCGUUGAAAUUGGUGAUCGUGAAAGAUGAAGGUAAGAUUUACAGAGGCAAAGCUAAGGAGAUGAGAAUUCUUCUUGGAGAUCGGAAGAGACAAGAGAUGUAUAUUAACAAUUUUCUUGAUUAUCUUAAGACAAACAAGCAAGCUAAAGCUAUGGUUAAUUAGCAUGCACACUGUAAUAAUAAAAUAAAAGGAUGCCAUGAUUGCUUUACUUUCUUUUCUUGUUCCAAUUCAAUGGAUCUGAAUCUGUGUUCUAAUAUAUAUUAAUAUAUACAAGUUAUAAUUUUAUGUA